CCAAAAUCAUUCAUAUUACGUUGUUUCUUCCAUCUCCGAUUAACCCUUACUCUGCUAAGCGGAUAAAAGAGAGAAGAGAGGACAGACCACCAUAUACUGUGUUGUGGGCUGAGAAUACAGAGAGCGCUCUUCGAGAGGGAAAGCAUGGAGAAGUACUUUGGCAACGCAUACAGAGGCGACCCCGGAGUCCCCCACACUGACCCGGACCGGUUCGUCAACAUAUGGAUUGGAUCCUUCGCCUUCUCUGCUCUCACUUGGAACAAUCCCUACAUGUGGACACUCUCUAAUCAAUUCAAUUGGCAUGACAAAGCAAUGCUAUUUGAGCAGUACCACUGGAAGAAAGCACUGAAGAAGCAGCAGCCAUACAAAUUCAAGUGGAAUGAGUACAUGGACAAAGACACCCGGGACUCCUACUACUUCAAUUGGCCUGUCUACUUCCCUUAGGGUUUUCUUCUGAAUUGGUGUACCUCUUCUAUUGCCAUGAACUUUGAGAACAGUGGGACUUCUGUAGCUUGAAUUUUUUCCUUUCCCUUAUCUGGCCUUUGGAUUAAUAUUAAAUCAAUAUUUCCUUUUGUUUUGGUGUUCACAAUGACCAUUGAGCUGCAGGACAUCUUGCAUGGAAAAAUUAAUUUGUGAUUUGAUGCUCCUUGUUGAUCAAAGGAUUGUUGG